AGGUGUGGAUUAGUCGUGAAAUACACGGAAAACGUGUAUUUCUUUCUCACACCUUCUUGCCCAUAGUCUUCGUCAUUUUCGCGUGUGGUGCUAUAUAAACCCCCCAAAACACUGAAUUCUACCCAAAAUUUACCAAAAAUUCGCAGUGAAAACAUCAAAAUAGAGAAUCACACCAAGUCUCAGAAAAGUUCUUUUCUUUGUAGAAGAAAAACAGCAGAAGCUGUUUUAACAUUUUCUUUGCAAUCAUGAAGGUACUUUUGUGUCUCUGUGUUGCCAUUGCGGUGGUGCAAAGUGUUCCAGUUCCAAAGGAUGCAGCAAAGAUAGAAGCUCCGGCCAAAUUUGCACCAGUUGCGAAAACCGAGGACCAUGCUGGUGAGGAAGAGGUUGAUUUGCAGCCAGCGGAACAAUUCUUCGGCGGCUGGGGAGGUGGAUGGGGUGGCGGUAGCUCUGGUGGAUGGGGAGGUGGUGGUAGCUAUGAGAGGGGCGGUUGGGGCGGCGGCGGUUGGGGAGGUGGAGGCUGGGGAGGUGACUAUGGCGGUGGCUGGGGAGGCGGAUAUUCUGGCGGCAAUGAUUACUGGGGCUAAAUUCAUAAGCUAAAUUCACUGUUGCAGACCCAAUCAACCCCCUAAAGGACGAAGCUGAGGGGUUGAAAAAAAAUCCUAAAUCACAAAAAAUGUAUUUUUUAAGCAGCUUUAAAUGACAAAGAGGUGGAGUUCCCAAAAUGUGUGAGAUACGCAAAGUUAUUGUUUAAAAAAAAUGCCACAUGUAAUUUUUUUCUCAAUGAAUAAACUAUCAAGGACAAUCUUUUAAAGAAGACAAAAAAAAA